UCCUUACACGGGGAGACAGCGCUCAAUACGGCGUCACUUGCGGUCGCCCUUUAAACCCCCAACAAGAAGAGGAAUAACUAUAAGAACUGAAGUUCUUACGCUGUCAGUGGCCCUGAUAAACCCAACAAAGAAAGAAAGAACUGAAGUUGUUACUCCACUGUGAAAUGUUGUGGGUUUAUCAACACGGUGGGAGACUACUGGGACAGAUGCCUUUAACCAGGCUAGACAGAACUCUCGUUACUUCAAUCAAGAGAUUAUUUACAUCAGUAAAUCAAGUAUCCAAUAAAAGAGUUGACUGUCUUGAGAGGAGAAUUAUAGUUAUGUUACGUCAGAGCCAGAGCUGCCUGUUUCUUCAAGGACCAAAACAAACUGCAUAUGGUUGUUACUUCUCAAGUGAGUCUGACCAAAUGACACAAGCAGAAAUUAAGAAAGCUAUUGUAACUAUAUCCGAAAAGUUUGCAGAAGCUAUGGAACUGAUGAAUGAUGCAAGAGCAUCAGCAGGAACAGUUUACUUUUCACAAGACAUGGAAGACACAAAUGCUCAGGUGACAGAAACAUUGGAAGAUUAUAGCACAUUACUGGAAAAGUUAAAUGAGAGCCAGAAAAGAGAUGUUAUUCAAUCUAUAGGCCUCAAGAUGGACGAGCUGAAAGCCCAGAUGUCCCUGUUGAAAGAUCUAGUAAGGAGUGAAAAACCAUUUAUGUAAGCAAGGAAAAAAAAAUUAUGGCAACAGCCACAUAUGUCCUCAUUCUUCCCUGUGGCACCACUGCAUCAUCUUGUCAUCAUGGUUAUGUGCCAUAGUAUUUCAUCCAUCAUCAGGAAUAGUAUUUUGUACUAUCAUUAC